AUGCGGCUGCCGCUCUGCCAACGCCGCUCAAAGCGCUCAUCCGUCUCGAUCCUGCACCCAACUUUUGUAGCACUUUCGGCACUUGCCCCGUCGCUUGCUGAAGCUGUUCACUUCAAUCCAGCGCCGUCAGCGAACCUCGACUUCUCUAGUUUGGGCAGAAUAGCCAUUGCAGGCGAUUUCAACGGCAUCUCUCUCUAUGAAUACGAGGGGCAAAUAGCUCGGCCGCUGCCUACAAAUGGCAGCGACUCUCUUCUCGGACGACUACCAAAUGGGGCUUUUGUUCCCGUCAUGUCUACCGAUGCAUCAAUUCGAGCAAUGUGCGUACUGAGAAACGGCGAUGGUGGCUUGAAAGGCGUCGUCGUGGGGGGCAAUUUCACCAGCCUUGACGGCAUCCAGUCAACAGCCGUCGCUCUCUUUAACCCGAACUCGACCGAAAUCACGUCCCUCAAAGGCCUCGAGGGUGAGGUAAAUGCAUUGUAUUGCGAUGACAGUCAGAAUAUUGUGUACGUCGGUGGUAAUUUCAAGGGCUCCAAUUCCACCAACGCCAUUGCUUGGUCCGACGCCGACGGAUGGAUCAACUUGCCCUUCGCUGGCUUCAAUGGCCCCGUCAAUGCCAUCUCCAAGACCUCAAACGGACACAUUGUGUUUGGAGGUAGCUUCACGGGGCUUGGAAACGCCAGCACCCCCAGUGUACCAGACCUUCAAAUCGUCAAUCUCUCUACCGCCAACAUCACCUCCACGAACGGCGCGACCACGGAAGGGUUCAAAGACCCAAAAAGCAUCGUAUGCUCUGCGGGAAAGGACGGACCUGGCAGUACUUGGCUGGCUGGUGACAGAGUGCCCGCCACUUGGGAGGCAAAAUUCGGGUUCGGGUUUCAGCCUACCAAACUGAGGCUUUACAACACCCGUCAAGACGGCCGCGGCACCAAAACUUUUCGGUUCUUAGCAUUUCCCAUAAAUGGCAUCAUGAACUUCACCUACGUCGACCCUUCCACCGGCAAUACCGCCACCUGCACCAGCGAAUGUCCCCUCAGCCAUAACGACAGCGUGACAUUUCAAGACUUUCACUUUGUCAACAAGGUGGGUAUGAACAGCUUCCAGAUUGCGAUAUCAGACUGGUAUGGUGCCGGGGCGGGCCUUUCCGGGAUGGAGCUCUUUCAGGAUGACAUAUUCGCGUACGCUAUUGCCGACUUCAACGAGCCAAAGUGCAGGGGGGUUCAGUUCCCGUCCACUGCAACUGCCACCGGACCUUGGAAACAAUCCCCAUCCAUGCAAAGCAACGCCGACUAUCUCGCAGCAAGCCUGACGGGUGACAUCAACAGCAAUUCGGCUUCCGUCGUCUUCACGCCGAACAUUGUGGAAUCCGGCAAUUACACCGUCAACAUGUACACGCCGGGGUGCAUGCCGGACGGUAGUUGCUCCACGCGAGGCAGAGUCAACGUCACCGGUGUCAUGUCAGCCGGCGCCGUCAGCGCCGGCUUCAGCACCACAUUGUAUCAAACCAACUACUACGACAAGUACGAUCAAAUCUACUUUGGCUACGUUGACAAGAGUUCGGACACUUUCAAGCCCACGGUCACACUCACACCCCUAGCUGGCCAAGAUGUCCGCUCACUCAUGGUUGUUGCUCAGAGAGUUGGGUUCACUCUCACCAAGUCGACUGGCGGGCUCAACGGACUUUAUGAUUUCGACCCGGCCAAGAAGACGGCCGAUGUGCUGUCCACGCUGGAGAAUUCCGCAAUCAACAAGUUGGGCUCCGAGUUUGGGCGCAAUUCGGCAGUAAAGUCACUGGUCACGUCAGGCGACACACUUUUUGUGGGUGGCAACUUUUCGUCCAAGAGCUUCGUGAACGCUUUGGCUGUUUCUGGUGGCACGGAAAAGGCGACUUCGCUCGACGGCGGUCUAAACGGGCCGGUUAUCGACAUGCAUCUCCAAGGCACGAGUCUCUUCGUGGGCGGGGGCUUCAACGCAACCCUGGACAAGAACCAAGAGCUGAACCAUGUUGCCGUAUACAAUAUUCAGUCCAAUUCAUGGAGCCCGCUUGGAGGCGGGGUCGACGGGGUCGUGCAUCAUGUGGUGCCUAUGCAGCUUAACCUGAGCACUUCCACCCCGGAAACGGCCAUCAGCCUAAGCGGGUCGUUUUCGGAAUGCAAGGCUUUCAACGGAAGCAAAGCUUCUCGGGUAGAUGGCUUCGCUGUCUGGAUUCCUUCUCGCAGCAACUGGUUGCAGAACUUGGAUCAGCCUUUGCCAACCUUUGACGGGGUUCUCACCGCAAGCCUCCAGAAUGUAUCGGGCCAGGGCGAACUUUUUGCUGGAGCGUUAUCGUCGGCACAGCUUGGCGCGCAAGAUGCUGCAACUCUCGACUCGCAGGGCUUGGGCGCCUUCCCUUUCAAAAUCGAGCCUGCGGCAAGGUCGACGACAACCACGCUGGACCGCAGAGAGAACGUGUCCAACGGUACGCUCCAAGGAGUGGUAACUGGAACUUUUUACAGCGCUGACAACAGCAACAUUACUGUUCUUGCCGGCCAUUUCGCGGCACAGGCUGCCAACGGAUCUACGGUCAACAACCUGAUGCUGAUCGAUGGGGGAAAUGGCGGGUCGAUAAGUGGUCUGGGUUCCGGCAUCUCGGCCAACUCUACCUUCGUGGCCGUGGCGCUGAGUGGAAGCGUGCUGUAUGCUGGAGGGAUGGUCACGGGUGCGGUCAACGGCGCUCAGGUUUCGGGCCUGGUAUGCUAUGAUCUCUCAUCAAAGUCAUUCGGCAGUCAACCUGCUCCCAUCUCGGGCAAAAACGGCACCGUAACAGCCAUAUCUGUCCGUCCCGACAGCAGCGAAAUUUACGUGGGCGGUUCGUUCGACAGGGCCGGUGCGUUGAGCUGCCAGGGUCUCUGCAUUUACAACGCCAACUCGCAGCAAUGGGCGCAGCCAGGGAACGGCUUCUCCGGGGAGGUUACGGGGCUGCUGUGGGCCAGCAAGACGAGCCUCGUGGUCGGAGGCGACCUGGCGGCGGACCAGGGGGGCAAGCAGUUUCUGGUCGGCUACGAUGUGAGAAAGGAGACGUGGUCAACCUUUGCAGGCGCCGACAUUAUUCCCGGCCCAGUGCAGGUCAUGACGCCUGCCUCUCGUGACGGGAGCCAAGUCUGGAUUGCCGGCAAAUCAUCAAAGGACGGGUCUGUCUACCUGAUAAAAUACGACGGAAGCAGGUGGAUGUCGGCGAACCAAACGCUGCCUGCCGACACGGUCCUCCGCAGCCUCCAGGUCUUCUCCCUAACCAAGAGCCACGACAAGAGCGACCUGCUCAAGGAAAACCAGGUUCUGAUGCUGACUGGCUCGAUUAUGAUUCCCGGGGUUGGCAUUGCGUCGGCCGCCAUCUUCAACGGAACACACUAUCUGCCUUAUGCCCUCACGACCCAUUGGGGUAGGACACCGGGAACGAUGGCCAAGAUCUUUACGCAAAAGGAUGAUUUUUUCUCGACGGACGACGGCCACAUGCCCCUUGUGUUUAUUGUCCUCAUCGGCCUGGCCAUUGCACUGGGCCUAAUUCUCUUGCUGGUUGUGGCCGGCAUCAUCCUGGACAGGCUGAGAAAGAAGCGAGAAGGAUACACGCCGGCUCCGACGUCCAUGGUCGACAGAGGAAGCGGCAUUCAGCGGAUACCGCCUCAGCAACUUUUGGAAUCGCUAGGCCGAAGCCGUCCUGGGGCAGCACCUCUCGUAUAG